GCAAUAAAAUUAUAAAACUAAUAUAAUAUAAUAAUAUAAUAACAAAACUACUCACGACAGAAUUCACUACUAAUUUUUAUAAUCUAUUCGUCUAUUAAAUUCUAAAGAUUCGAAAUGUAAAUAAAAACAUCCAUUGUAACGAUUGUGGCAAUAAUAAAAUUAACGCGCCAAAUAUCGUGAAAAUAGAAAAACUGCCUGCGAGACAAACAUGAUUGCCUUUGCGCAGCGUAGAAUGCGAACCCGUGUUUACUAAAGUGACGAGAACAAUAGUGAAAGCAAGAAUAACAACAAUGACAAAUACAACAAAUAUAUUACCGCAGCCAACGUAUAUAAUGAAAAUGAAACGGAAAAGUAAAAUACCAAAAUUUUUAUUGUUUAUUACUGCAAUUUGUAUUAACAGCUUAUGGCCAAGGCUUGGCGAUGGCGGAGAUGCUGGUGGUAGUUUACUGCCGCUUGUCUAUGGUACGCAUAUGACCGUCACAGCUGGUGAUGCCAUCGCACACACUUUCACCAUCGAAAUGCGUGGCCAAAAUCACUAUCAUGAUGGAGGUGGAGCAGGCGGAGGAGACAGUAGUGGCAGUUUGGAAAGUAUGGAUUUGGAGAAUAUGGAUUUGAAGAAUAUGGAUUUGAAGAAUAUGGAUAUGUAUGCCUUUGAUCAUGAUGCUGGUAUGAGUGGUGUACCAGAAGAGUCAGAGGAGCGCGAUCAUAUCGCGCACCAUUUUGAGAUGAAACAUCACGAAGAGUUGCUGGAGGAUAUUAGAGAUGAUGCAUCUACGAAUUUAUUGCCUGCCAAAGAUUUACCAAAAUUUGGCGAGCCAUUACAAAAUGUCACAGUACCUGUGGGACGAGAGGCGGUACUGCAAUGUGUUGUCGAUAAUCUGCAAACCUACAAAAUUGCGUGGUUGCGCGUCGACACACAAACAAUACUAACGAUACAAAAUCACGUUAUAACGAAAAAUAACCGAAUGAGCACAAUCCAUGCUGAAAAGCGUGCUUGGAUAUUGAGAAUACGUGACGUUAAGGAAGCGGACAAAGGCUGGUAUAUGUGUCAGAUCAAUACGGAUCCGAUGAAAAGUCAAGUUGGUUACCUGGAUGUUGUGGUUCCACCCGAUAUUCUUGAUUAUCCCACCAGCACGGAUAUGGUGAUACGAGAGGGCGCUAACGUAACGCUGAAAUGUGCAGCAGUUGGCUCACCAACACCGACCAUAACAUGGCGACGUGAAGGUGGUGAGCCCAUACCAAUGCCCAACAAUACCGAAGUCGUCGCCUACAAUGGCUCUUACCUGACGAUCACUAAAGUACAACGCCUUAAUAUGGGUGCAUAUUUAUGCAUCGCCUCGAAUGGCAUUCCGCCAACGGUCAGCAAGCGCGUAAUGUUGUUUGUGCACUUUCCUCCAAUGAUUUGGAUACAAAAUCAGCUUGUAGGUGCUGCCACCGGCCAAAACAUGGCACUUGAGUGUCAGUCAGAGGCGUAUCCGAAGUCUAUCAAUUACUGGACGAAAAAUGACACCGUCAUUGUGCCGGGUGAGCACUUUGCAUCCGAAACUUUUGAAAGUGGCUACAAAAUAACUAUGCGAUUAACCGUAAAAGAUGUUGACACAUCAGAUUUCGGUUCUUACCGUUGUGUGGCGAAAAAUUCUCUUGGUGAUACGGAUGGCACGAUUAAACUUUAUCAUAUUCCGCAAACAACGACAGUCACCACAUUAGCACCUACGGUGGCUCUAAAUACCGUGCCAGUUGUGGUUACGAAAUACAACAACAAAGAUCAACGAUUCAGUAAAAAACUUCAUCGCACAAAAUCGAAUGUUGCAGAUAUUUCGUCGUCAUCAUCCUUGAACAAUGUUUAUAUUGGUGCCACAUCGAGCUUAUGGAAUUCACAAGAUCACGGCACAGGGAGAGAGCAUAAUCAAUUAUUACAGAAACAUCUCUACUACGAAUUCCUAGUUACCAGUUUGGCUACAGAAUGCUUCAUGGCAUGCGAUCAGGAUACGGUUAUACGGUGUGUUGAUGCAAGAUAUGGAGGAUCUAGCCACGACUCUUUUGUGUGGAACAAUAGCGCUUUAAAAACAUAUCUGGAGCAAACAUACCAAAGAGGAGAUCAUAAUUCGGUUUACUUAGGUGAUUCUGGUUAUCCACUACACGAGUAUCUAUGGACGCCAUUCCGAAACGCUUUACCAGGAACAGUAGAAUCAAAUUUUAAUAAGAAACAUGCAAAGGCAAGGAACGUAGUUGAACGAACAAUUGGAGUGCUGAAAUGCCGUUUUCGUUGUAUACUAGGUGAACGUAAACUACGAUAUCCUCCUAGUAAAGCAACUGUUAUUGUAAAUGUUUGUUGUGCUUUACACAAUAUUUGCAAACAAUAUAAUGUGAAUGAUCCUGAAGAAGAAACUUUUGUUGAUGUGGUAGUACCACUGGAACCAGUUGAAGGAAAUUUCAGUGGAACAGCAGCAGAUCAUCGCCGAAGACAAAUUGCGAAUGCAUUGUCAUAGUAUAGUUG